AUGGCAGACCUUGGAAAAGAAAAAGGAAAAGAGAAGGAAGUUGUGAGCGAGUCAGCAGAGACGUCCAGAACGGUUGCACCUGCCAUACCACCGACAGACCCUACUGCUUCAUCAAGUGCAGCAGAAGAUGCUGCUGCCUCUACAGAUCCAGCACAAGCACCUGCGGCACCAACAGGACUUCCAUCAGAAACCGUAGAAGGUCCUGCGCCAACUGCUCAACUCGUCAACCCAUUUGUCUUAGUUGACAGCACAGACGACACGGACUCGGCUCUGGGCGACGACGAUGCUAGUGACACAACAUCCAUCGCAUCAACUAUCCACAAAGGACGCUUCGAGAAUGGACGUCGAUACCACAAGUAUCGUGAGGGCGAAAACGAUUAUUGGGGUCCCAACGAUGAGGUGCAGAAUGACCAGCUCGAUAUUGCACACCACAUGUUCCUCAUUCUGCUUAAUCAGAAAUUGCAUCUAGCGCCUAUCAAAGAUCCAAAGAGGGUUUUGGAUCUCGGGUGCGGCACGGGCAUUUGGUGUAUGGACAUGGCCGAUGAAUACCCCGGUGCCGAGAUCCUCGGCGUAGACCUCUCUCCUAUCCAACCCCAGUUCACACCUCCAAACUGCAAAUUCGAGAUAGAUGACAUCACCCUUCCAUGGACGUUCUCACAGCCCUUUGACUUCAUCAACAUCCGCUCCCUAUACGGUUCCAUCGGCGACUGGCCUACGCUCUACACGCAAGUCUACAACAACCUCGAGUCAGGCGGCUACCUCCACGAACUAGAAAUGAGCAUCCAGUUCAAAUCCGAUGAUGGCACGCUGACGAAAGACCACGUCCUAUCGACUUGGAGCGAUCUCUUCCACGAAGCAUCGGAGCGUUUUGGUAAAUCUUUCUACGAAGUCUGGAAUUUGUCGACGUAUAUCCGUAAUGCGGGAUUCGUGGAUGUCGAAGAACGAGUGUACAAAGUUCCUGUGAAUGGGUGGCCGGCAGAUCCUCAUAUGAAGGAGUUGGGAAGAUGGAACUUGUUGCAUAUCACCCAGGGAGCAGAAGGGUGGGGACUGUAUCUGCUGACCAAGGUUAUGGGCUGGUCAGUAGAGGAGGCCCAGGUUUUCUUUGCAAAGUUCAGGGCGGGAGUGAAGGAGAGGAAGGUACAUGCGUAUUUUGAGGUCGUGGUUAUUCAUGCAAGGAAACCUUAG